UAUCACCCGACGAGAAAGCACGACUUCCAGUCCUUUUCCAACUCCGUUUUCUGUACAUAAUAUUGUCCUCUUCUGGAGACCAUGAGAUUAUUACAGUAUUCACAACUUUGUUCCUAACGGACUUUUCUUUCCACAAUGAGACGUUUCCUCGUCUCGGCGUUCCUGCUUUUGCAGGCUGUUGCCUCUAUAUCCGCUGUCGAGCAGCAGGUCUUGGAGGCAGAAGACGAUAUUACGACUACGAGUUUAAACCCAGCAGCUGAGACCGACAUCGUCCAAGGCACACAACAAUGGGCUCCCUACCAAAAUGGAUGGGAGCUCGUACACGAAGCAAUGGCCGAAUUUCGAAAGAUCAAGACGCCGUUACAUAGAAAGACGAAGAAGCAAAGCGGUCUCUUCGGUGCACUCUUCCAAUAUGUCGCAAAGGCUUUACCAAGCUUACGAGCCAGCGCUCCUCCGCAGGAACAACAUGCGUUGCCCGUCAUUAGCGGCCCUCUUCUCGAGGGCGUUAAGCUUCUACAACAGUCCGCCGACCAGAACAAUACCGAUGCGAUCUACCUCUUGGCGCAAUUCAAUUUUUUCGGAAACUACUCGCAUCCCAGAAACUUCAAGACCGCGUUCGAUCACUACUACCGACUAGCAUCGUAUGGGAACAGCUCCGCGCAACACAUGGUGGGAUUGAUGUAUGCGACAGGACUCGGAGAUGCGGUGGAACGGGAUCAAGCGAAAGCUCUUUUAUACCACACCUUUGCUGCUGAUGCGGGACACACGAGAUCAGAAAUGACCGUCGCGGCCCGCCAUCUGAGUGGGAUUGGCGUGCCUAAGAGUUGCGAAACGGCUUGCAAAUACUACAAGAGGGUGGCUGAUAAAGCUAUGGAUUGGUUCCGAUCCGGACCGCCGGGAGGAAUGGCCCUCGCACCAGAAGCAUACCGACUUUCGGAUGAAGUUGGUGGUGUGUACGGUGAAGGCGCCAGCGUCGUCAGCUCUGGUAUAAACGCUCUGAAGGCGAGCCCAAAUUCCGACGCCUAUGCUGCCAUCGACGACGUUAUCGAAUAUCUUGAUUUGAUGUCCCAAAAGGGAGACUUCAAAGCUUCUUUUAACUUAGGAAGGCUUUACUAUGAAGGACAAAGGGGUCUCGAUCGCAAUGUUGAUCUCGCUCGGCGAUAUUUUGCUGCAGUAACGACAAUGUAUUGGCGUCAAAAAGAUGGCCGCGCUGUUGACCAGCCAAAACCUCAACUGGAAAAGUACGCGAGUAAGGCUGCCGGUUAUAUUGGACGAAUGUGGCUACGUGGGGAGGGCGUGAGACAGGACUUUAAGGCAGCCCGGGGAUGGUUUGAGCGUGGAAUCAAGCAUGGAGAUGCUCAGUCCCAGUGGGGCCUAGGGAUUAUGAAUCUUCAUGGUCUAGGUAUGCCGAAGAAUGCCUCGAAAGCUACCGAACUAUUCAAGGCGUCGGCAGACCAGGACUUCAGCCUUUCCCACGUUGCACUCGGGGCUCUUCAUCUCGAUCAGGGCACAAAUGACGACUUAAAGAUCGCUAACUCUUAUUUCGAGGCCGCUGCUCGCUGGGCUAACAUCGAGGCGCAGUAUUAUCUGGCCGAGAUGAUUCACCACGGAGUUGGACGAGAUAAAACCUGCGGCAUGGCCAUGGCAUAUUACAAAAAUGUCGCCGAAAAAGCUGAGCCGUUGGUGUCAUCUUGGACGGAAGCCAACCAAGCAUACGAAGACGGAGACUAUGAAUUGGCAUUCCUCGACUAUCUCAUGGCCGCAGAGCAAGGGUACGAGAAAGCGCAGAAUAAUGUUGCUUUCAUGUUGGAUCCCACACAGUCACGACUCCCCUUGCCGUCGUGGGUCAAGCGCCAACCACCGAGGCCUACACUACUCCAAAACCCAGCUCUAGCGUUGAUAUACUGGACUAGGUCUGCUAUACAGUCAAAUAUUGAUUCACUGGUCAAAAUGGGUGACUAUUACUUAUCCGGCAUCGGUACCGAAGUCGCACUUGAUAAAGCAGCGCAAUGUUAUACGGGUGCCUCGGAGUACUUCCAGAGCGCACAGGCUCUGUACAACCUCGGCUGGAUGCACGAGAACGGAGUUGGUCUAAACCAAGACUUCCACCUCGCGAAGAGAUACUACGACCAAGCUCUCGUAACUAAUGAGGAGGCCUAUCUCCCGGUAACCUUGAGUUUGCUAAGGCUGCGAGCCCGUAGCGCUUGGAACACGUUCACACACGGUCGGAUUAACUCGAUUCGUGAUGAACCUUCACCCAAGAAGGACUGGUCGCUUAGCGAGUGGAUAGCCAACUUCCUCCAGGAAGAUAAUGUAUACUAUGAGGACGACUACUUUUAUGACGAUGGUACGAUCACGGGAAGCGAUGGCGAGGCGUUGGGUGACGAGUAUGAUGACGUGGAUGGUGUGGUCGAGAGCUUGAUUAUACUGGGCCUGGUCGGUGCCAUUCUGUUCCUAAUGUAUUACCGCGCGAGGAGACAGAAUGCUCAUCGACAGGCUGAGGAAAAUGCGGCUAGACAAGCCCAACAGCAGCAAGGUGGUGUUGCAGCCGCGGCGCCCCAACAACAGCAACCAUUGCCACAAGGACAUGGUGGAUUGUUCCCGCAACCUGGAGGACCGGAUUUUGGACAAUGGGCUGCAGGUGGUGUUGUAGGGCAAUAAAAGGGAAUUAAUGAUUAGGAAGCAUGCCUAUUAGAAAUGCAUGGAUAGAGCAAUUGUAACUUUUACUAAUACCCAUUCCUUUUGAUAUCCCUUGGAUCUCCAUUCUUACGUAAUAGGGGUAAAAGGGGCUUAUGUGGCUUCACCAUCCGAAGUGGCUUAAAUCGUGGCGGCCGUAAGCAUUACCCCUUAUCCCUUAUGUACAUUUUCAUCCUCAAAGUAAUUACAUAAUCC